GUCCUAUGGGAAGUUCACACUUUUGCUGCGGUUUGUUGGAACAAAACUGGUUGAUAUUAAAAGCUCAUCUGUAAUUAUGAGCACAGGAUGUACAGACAAACUUUACAAGCUUUAACACUAAUUAUAGUGUGUGUCUUUGUGUGUGUGUGUGUGUGUGUGUGUGUGUGUGUGUGUGUGUGUGUGUGUGUGUGUGCGCCCUUCAGACGCGCUCUUUAUACUCCUGGUAUUCCCAUUCGUCUCCAUGGAGAGCAAACACGCACGCACACACACUUCAGAUAUCUUUAAACAAAGCUCAUGCUCUCUCCAUAAACUCACUCACUCACAUCUCCUCGUGUAGUUCAGCAGUGGAAACUUCUGACUGCUCAGCGCGCACACACGCACGCGCACACACAUAGAGCGAGUUGAUGUCAUUACGAAAGCAGCAGAAGGAAUGAAUCGCCCAUAGCGGUGCGCGUGCACAUACGCACACACACCUGACGCGCGCUCAGCCUCUUCAAGCGCAAACUUCUGUACGGAACAAAGAGACAGUUCAGCGGAGUUUAAAAUGAGAUUAUGAUAACAGUCUGAUAAAUAUCUGAUGAUGAUGGAUCUGAUGUUCUUCUGUCUGAUGUGUGUGUGCGCGGCAGAAGUGUCACGCGCUCUCAGGUCCAGUUCAUUUCUUCUGUCUGAUGGAUUGUGUCAGUAUGGUCAGACACACAACUGUUGCUGGGGAUGGACAAGAAACUCAUGGGGAAAAUGCACACCUGUUUGUGAGUCGGGUUGUAAACACGGCGAGUGUGUUGGACCGGAUCAAUGCCGCUGUCAUGCAGGAUACACCGGCAAAACCUGCAACCAAGAUGUGAAUGAGUGUGCGUUUAGACCCUGUAAAUACAGAUGUAUGAAUACACUGGGCAGUUAUAAAUGUUACUGUCUCAACGGAUACAUGAUGAUGACUGACGGCACAUGCAGGAAUGCCCACACUUGUGCGAUGGCGAACUGUCAGUACGGUUGUGCGAUGAUGAAAGGAAAGGUCACAUGUCAGUGUCCGUCACCUGGACUUCGCCUCGCACCUGACCGCAGGACGUGUGUCGAUGUGGAUGAGUGUGUAACAGGUCAAGCGCAGUGUCCAAGAUUUCGUAAGUGUGUCAACACAUUUGGCAGCUACAUCUGCAGAUGUCACAAUGGAUUUGAGCUUCAACACAUCAAUGGAAAAUAUCACUGCACAGAUAAGAAGAAACUCUCUGUUUGUUAUGACAAGCCAGACCACAAGAAAUGCAAGUGUAAACCAAGUGUUGAUGGGAAGGGUUAUGACUGUAAAUCUGUUUUUAAAGUCACUGUUCAGCCUGCGAGACCAGUCAAAGUGACUGUCAGUCUGACCACCAUCUCCACGGAAACAGGUGCCAUGAAAACUUCCACCCGAAACACAACCCCAACCAGAACAACCAUCUCCACAACUACAGCUAAUCCCACCACUGUUAUCACCAUGACACUAACAGCUGCUACAACUACAGCCAUUCCCACUACUGAUGUCUCUAUGACAACAACGGCUGCUACAACUACAACCAUUCCUACCACUGAUGUCACCAUGACAACAACAGCUGCUAAAACUACAGCCAUUCCCACUACUGAUGUCUCUAUGACAACAACAGCUGCUACAACUACAACCAUUCCUACCACUGAUGUCACCAUGACAACAACAGCUGCUACAACUACAGCCAUUCGUACCACUGAUGUUGCUAUGACAACUGUUCCGAAAAGCACUGUGAUAACAGCUGUAACCCCAACUACUGUUGCCAUGACAACAACAGACGUUACAUCCACAGCAAUAUCCACGAUAACAAAUCCAACAACACUAUCCUCACCUACAGAGUCGUCCCCUUCUACAACCAUCACAAUGGCAACAACAGCCGCACUUGUAGCUAUCACGACACUGACAACAGCAGAAAGCACGAGCACCCUAGACAACCGCAUUCACAGAGAGAACACGGCGAAACCGAGAGGAGACGUUCACAUUCCACGAUAUGAAAACAAUCUGUUUGACUGGGACUUUGAUGUUGAGUUGGGAAACACAGCAGAAUACAGACGUGAUGAUCCAGGGCCUGGUGCUGUGAGCUGCACGUUUGAUGAAGGUUUGUGUGUUUGGAUGUCAGAUUCAGGAGAUCUUCACUGGAAGAUCAAAGAAGAUCCUGCAGGUGGACGUUACCUGACAGUACCAGAGACUACGAGCAGAAGAAGCGUCAGAGGGGCGCGGCUUACGGUGCCUCUGGGUCCGCCCACAAAGGCGUGGCAGGUCAGUCAACUGUGUCUGGAAUUCAGACACCGCCUACACGGACAUCACAUUGGCUCUCUGCAAGUGUUUGUCAGGAAGGGGCGGAGUAACAGCCCAUCCAUAUGGACCAGUACCGGAGGACACGGCUGGAAACACACCCGAAUGACGCUUUGGGGGCGUGGUCUUGAUGAUAUUGUGAUAAAGGGAGAAAGAAGAGGAGGAAAACAUGGAGAAAUCGCUGUGGAUGAUGUCAGUCUGCGGAGAGGAGCCUGUAGUACAGAGUGAAGCAAACACACACACAAAUAUACACAACAGUGUUGCCUAUAGGACUGUGUGUGGUUUUAUAUUGUUAUCAUAAUGUGUAAUGAAACUCUUACAUACACAUAGAGAGGUGAAUAUGAAUUAAGAUGUGUUAUAAAUACUGAUAACAGUGAUGAGCUGUGUUUAUUCUCUGCUGCUCUCAGUGUUUAUCUACUGAAGUCUUUUGAGUCUUUGAGUCCUGAUCUGUUGACCAGUCUUUCAUUUAAACUUUCAUCUAAACUAUUUGGUUGUUCAAAAGCCAAGUUUCAUAGCUAAGACCUCACAUUCAGAUACAGCUCUCUCUCUCUCUCUCUCUCUCUCUCU